AUGGCUUUGUUGCAGGGUCAGGGCCCGGUCCCAGCGGCCCCAGCUCCUUCAGAGCCUGUCACUGCGGUGCAUUCGAACCAGAAUGGCAGACCGGACAUUGCGGCGCACGGGCCUGACCAAAAUCGCGAUGGCGUCCCUUAUGGUGUGCAGGCCUCGGCUUCCGCUCACUGUGGCAACGCCUACGCCGCUGAGGCGCAUCCGCAGGCAGCUCCGGCAGCGCUGCCGCAAGCUGCGCGCCCGGUCUACCUCGCGCCUCCGCAGGUUAUUGCCGCAGGGCCGACGUUGCUUCAUGUCGGUCAGCCGCAGGUGGAUGUGGUGAAGCCUGUUAUUCAGGAAGUGGUGCGUGAGGUACCGGUGCACCAGCGAGAGUUGCACACCAUCUUCCGUGAGAGGCCGCAGGUGGAGUUCGUGGAGAAGGCCGUGGAGGUGCCGAAGGUGGAGGUGCAGGAGCGGGUCAUGGAAGUUCCCCAGAUCUUGCUUCACGAGAAGGUUAUGGAGGUGCCGCAGAUCACGGAGGAUGAGAUCGUGAAGCAGGUCCCUCGUGUAGAGUACACGGACGUCAACAAGCACAUCGAGCUGCCCGUCUUCGAAGCGCACGAGCGCAUCGUGGAGAUCCCCUUCGUCAUCGAGCAGGAAUGUCUCGUGGAAGUGCCGCAAGUGCACUGCAUCGAGCUGAUUCGGGAAGUGCCGAAGGAGGUGGUGAAGACGGUGCAGAAGAUGGUCGAGCGUCCAGUGGUUCAGGUCCGGGAGCAGCACGUCGACGUGCCCGUGGUCACCAUUCAGGAAGAGCUCCUCCCUGUCCCCGUUGUGGAGGAGGUUGAGGUCAUCACACAGGUGCCAAGCUACGAGCUGCAGCAGGUGGAGAAGAGGGUGGAGCUUCCGGUGGUGGAACUGCAGGAGAAGAUCGUGGAAGUGCCGCAGGCCGAGGUUAUCGAGAACCCGGUGGAGGUCCCGGACAUUGAGAUCUGUGAGAUCAUCAAGCAGGUUCCGAAGUAUGAGAUCCACUACAUCGACAAAGAGGUCAUCAAGCACCAGAUCGAGUACGUGGAGAAGCUCGUGGAGGUUCCGCAUGUGGUGUACGAAGAGAGGAUCAUCGAGGUACCACAGGUGGAAAGGCGGGAGCUCAUCCGCCAUGUGCCGGUGAGCAACGUGCAGCUGGUGGACAAGAAGGUUCCAAAGCACACGCUCCAAGUCACGGAGAAGGUGGUGGAAGUGCCGACUGUCCUGCACCAGGAAAGGGCCGUGGAAGUACCGGAGGUGGCGGUCGUGGAGACCAUCACAGAGGUGCCCAAAAUUCUCGUCAACUCCGUCCCGGUGGAGGUGCCCAAGGUUGUCAAUGUCCAAAUCCAGGAACGACUGGAAGAGGUCCGAACGACUCUCAUUGCCGAGCGGGCCGUGGAGGUGCCGGACCCCCAGGUCGUGGAGGCCGUGACCCAGGUUGUUCAGCCGGUCGUUCAGUACGUGGACAAGGAAGUGCCCCGCGUGGUCACGGAGCCCGUGGAAAGGCUGCAGGAAGUGUGGCAGAGGCCCGGCGUUGCCAUGUUCUCGCCUGACUCCGGCGGCGCGCCUGAUUCGCCCGAUGUCGACACCAGCAACCACUGGAAGCAGAUGCCAGCACGAGAUCAGAACCAGGUCGAAUCACAAGACGAUGGUGAAGCCUCUGUUGACAUCCACCGCAAGAGGCCGGUCCCGCCCCUUAGCUUCGAGAAGGAGACCCUGAUUUUCCAGUCCGACGUGGACAUGCAGGAGGUCGUCGCGGCAUCCCGCUGGAAGUGCAUGCUGGGCGGAGGGCUCGGCAUCACGGGCUUCUACGCGCUGAUAGCCUCGCUGAGCCUCCACGGCAGCCUACCCCUGGAGCUGGCGAUGGUCUUCUGUGCCGGGCUCUGUGCGAAUGCCUAUGCGCAUUUCAUCACGGCCCAGAAGCUCAUACGCAAGCUGGCAGCCAGACAUGUGGAUCAGCUCUCGGUGAUGCCGCUGGAAGCGAAAGAGAAUUUGCAGGACAAGGAAGGUGCGCAGGGGCUCCUCCUCGCCACGGCCAGCACCGAGGAGCGCCUUGCGGCCACCCACUCGCUGGAUCUGCGCCUCAAGACAGCCUCCUCAGAGCGAAGGCUGACCUUGGUGGAGCCGAUGGUGGACGAGUCCUUGAAGUUCAAGCUCGAUGACCCCUCGGUGGAUAUGGCGCAGAAGGCAUCGAUGCAACAGAUCUCCAGCCUUGGUCUGCUGGACAUCGACGAGAACGCGGGCAAGUGCCACGAUGCAGCACUGCUGGCGGCCUUGAAAGCCUCGAAGAAGGUGGUGGCAGAAGAGACGGCGGAACCGCGCACGGACGUAGCGCCCUUCUUGCGCGUGCCCGAGGGUGCUCCGGCCCCUGGUGAGCGGCUUGACGAAGUGACCGCCUCCCAGGUGGAGAGCGCCAUCAAGGUCAAGGUGGAAGCUGGUGUCGUGCCUUCCAUUGAGGCCAUCGGCUGGAGGGCCCAGUGGUCCGGCGUAGCCAUCCUCGUGGCCGGCUCCCUGUUCGCAGUGGGCGAGCGCGCUCGGGAUGCAGACGGCCAAGCACGCUGGAACAAGCUGAAGCUCCCCUGGCAGUGA